AGACGUUUUCUGAGUAUUGGCACAGCACUGCAGGCUGGACGGAUACAAUUUAGAGUAUAAAUUCGAAAAAAUAAAUAAAAAAUAAAAAUAAAAAAGAGAAAAGAAAAGAAAAGAAAAGGGAAGAACACAUAAGAAAUCGAGGUGGAAUAUGCUGGAAUUCCGGUACAUUUUCAGCGUGGCAGCAUAAGGUGGAUUUUCCAGCCUCGGGUCUCCCCCUGCUCGUUGCAGGCGUUCAUCGGGGGUAAAUUUUGUCGCCACGAUUUUGAUACAAAAAUCGUCGAAUUUUGAUGCGUUUUUGGGAUUUUGGAAUACCCUCUUGAUUGAUUUCGAAAACCCACAUUGGGAACUUGUAUUGGACGUUGAAUUGUUCUUGAAUUUUGAGGCUUUGGUUGGACUUUUGAGAUUUUGCUAAUUGGACACAGGCUGGUUUGUUUGAGAGCUACACAUCUUAGUUUUGAGCCUUUCUUUCCCUUCUCUGCAUCCAAAUUGUGAGCUUUUUCUCAUAUAUUUGGAAGGGAAAGAAAGGCCAAUUUCUGAGGUUCCCAUUUUUCCUUGUGUCAAAUUGUAUGCAUCUUGUACUCGAAAAUGAGCGCUGUUUCGGGGGUGAUUUCGCGCCAAGUUUUGCCUGCCUGUGGCAGCCUUUGCUUCUUCUGCCCGGCAUUGCGAGCCAGGUCUAGACAGCCGGUUAAGAGGUACAAGAAGCUCAUUGCUGAUAUUUUCCCUCGGAACGAGGAAGAGGGACCCAAUGAUCGGAAGAUUGGGAAGUUGUGCGAAUAUGUUGCCAAAAAUCCUUUGCGAAUCCCAAAGAUUACAACUUAUCUUGAGCAAAGGUGCUACAAAGAAUUGAGGAACGAGAACUUUCGAUCCGCAAAAAUUGUAAUGUGCAUUUACAACAAAUUGCUGAUUUCUUGUAAGGAGCAAAUGCCUCUUUUUGCAAGUAGCUUGCUCAGCAUUAUGCAUACACUUCUGGAUCAAACACGGCAAGAUGAAAUGCAAAUUAUAGGAUGUCAGACUCUUUUCAUCUUUGUAAAUAAUCAGACAGAUGGAACUUACACGUUCAACUUAGAAGGCUUUAUUCCAAAACUCUGUCAGAUAGCUCAAGAGCCGGGGGAAGAUGAAAGGGCAAGUAAUCUACGUUCAGCUGCACUCCAAGGCCUUUCUUCAAUGGUUUGGUUUAUGGGUGAGAACUCUCAUAUAUCAGUUGAGUUCGAUAGCAUUGUUGCAGUUGUCUUAGAAAAUUAUGGAGCUCAAAUAAAACUACAGGAGAACCUUGAAGGCUCAAAGAAUCGGUGGGUGCAGGAAGUGCAAAGUAACGAGGGUCAUGGUUCUUCUUCCCCAAAUGUCACCAUCAGGCUUACAUCUUGGAGCACCCUUGUGGAUGACAAAGGCGAACUAAAUGUGACAGUGGAAGAUGCCAAGAACCCCUGCUUUUGGUCUAGGGUUUGCCUGCACAACAUGGCCAAGCUAGCCAAGGAGGCUACAACAAUCAGACGUGUCUUGGAAUCUCUGUUCCGUUACUUCGACACAGGGAACUUAUGGUCUCCCAAAUAUGGUCUUGCUAUCCCAGUCCUAAAGGAUAUACAAGUUUUAAUGGAUGAUUGUGGGCAAAGUACACAUAUUUUGCUUUCCAUUCUAAUCAAGCAUUUGGAUCACAAAAAUGUCCUCAAACAACCCAACAUGCAGCUCGAAAUAGCGGAGGUUACCACCACUCUUUCUCAACUUGCCAAGGUUGAGCCCUCUGUGGCAAUAAUUGGUGCAGUAAGUGAUGCCAUGAGGCAUUUGAGGAAGAGCAUUCACUGCUCGCUUGAUGAUGCUAAUCUGGGAACAGAUGUAACAAAAUGGAACAGAAGCUUUAGAGAAGCGGUGGAUAAGUGCCUUGUACAGUUAUGUUAUAAGGUUGGAGAACCAGGACCAAUCCUUGAUGCUAUGGCUGUUAUGUUGGAAAAUAUCUCGACUAUUACAGUUAUAGCCAGAAAUACAAUCUCUGCUGUUUAUCGUACCGCUCAAAUUGUAGCUUCCUUACCAAAUUUGUCCUAUCAAAACAAGGCUUUCCCUGAGGCAUUGUUUCAUCAAUUACUGCCAGCUAUGGUCCAUCCAGACCAUGAAACACGUGUUGGAGCACAUCGCAUCUUCUCUGUUGUUCUUGUGCCAUCUUCAGUUUGUCCUAGUCGAUCCUCACCUAAUACCGAGUCAAAAAAGGCAUUGAAUUUUCCCAGGACACUCUCAAGAACUGUAUCUGUCUUUUCUUCUUCAGCUGCCCUCUUUGAGAAGCUGAGGAGAGAGAAAAUUUCUUCACGAGAAAGUAUUUGUGAAGAGGACAAUGAAAAUACAGGUAAUGAGGGGGAACAAAGAGAUACCAAUAAUGGGAUUCUGAGCAGAUUGAGGUCUUCUUAUAGUCGGUCAUAUAGCAUAAAAAGUUCUCCUGCACCUUCAGCAACAAAAGAAAAUUCUGUCAACAGUUCGACUAAGGAACCUGAAGCUAAUUCCCUCAGAUUGAGCAGCCACCAGAUAACUCUAUUGCUUUUAUCAAUUUGGGCGCAAUCCAUCUCUCCUGGGAACAUGCCGGAAAACUAUGAAGCAAUUGCUCAUACGCUUAGCCUUGUAGUACUGUUUUCUCAGGCCAAGAAUUCCAGAAUUGAGGUUCUUGUUCGAAGUUUUCAACUGGCAUUUUCCUUGCGGAACAUCUCUCUUAAUGAAGGAGGGCCGCUCCCACCAUCCCGUCGCAGGUCCCUUUUUACCCUUGCAACUUCAAUGAUUCUCUUUCUAUCAAAAGCAUACAAUAUUGUUUCUCUUGUUCGUAGAGCCAAGGCGGUACUUGUGGAUAAAAUAGUUGAUCCGUUCCUGCAUUUGGUUGAAGAUCGCAAGUUACAGGCUGUCAAGACUGGACCGGACCAUCCCAGACAUCUUUAUGGAUCUGAAGAAGAUGAUAAUAUGGCAUUAAAAUCUCUAUCAGAGAUAAAUAUUACUGAAGAGCAAACCAAGGAAUUUUUUGCUUCUGAAGUUGUGAAGAGCUUGGAAAGAUUGUUAGAUGCUGAAAUGUCUACUAUAAGGGAGGAGCUGCUCAGUGAAUUCUUACCUGAUGAUGUGUGUCCACUGGGAGCCCAGUUGUGUAUGGAUGCCCCGCAAAAGUUGUAUCAGGUUGAUUCAAGAGACAGUAAAUCUAUGAAAGAGGAUGCUCCAAUAUUUUCAUUGGACGAUGAUUCUUUUCAAGGUUCAUUUGAUAGCCAAAAGAACAACUUGGAUUUUUCUGCAGAGUCUCACAAUCUUUUGAGUGUCAGUCAACUUAUUGAAUCAGUCCUGGAGACAGCACAUCAAGUUGGAAGAGUAUCGGUCUCAAAUGCACCUGACGUGCCAUACAAGGAAAUGGCCGGCCACUGUGAGGCACUCCUGUUCGGAAAGCAGCAAAAGAUGUCAAAUUUGAUGAGUUCCCAACCAAAGCAGGAAUAUUUGAUGAAUCAGUCUUUCCAAAAUCACAGUGAUGAUGCCAAAUGGAUGACAUCCGACUUCCAUGUUGGCUUCGGCUCACAUAGGAGCGGAAAUCCAUUUGUUGACGACACUGCGAAUUCAUACAAACCAUCCCCUCGCGCAGGCCAUGCCCCGAUGAUGUGUGUAACCGAAUACCAGCAUCAUCCGCACUCUUCAGACUACCAGCGUCGAGUCCGUAUGAUAACUUCCUAAAAGCUGCAGGUUGCUGAUUCUAUACUAGUGAUGAAAGAAAAUUAUUGGUAAUCCAGCGAAUUUAAAAAGCUCAAGGGCUACCAGCUUUAACCAUAUUGUUUUAUUUUUCACUUUUAGCUUUUAACUUUUUCAUUUAGGCUUUGUAACUUGAGGAAGAGAUUGCUGUCAUCAAAUAUCGGCUAAGUUUUUCAUUUCCAAUUUUUUCAUUCUUUUCCUUUUCCAAUUACACUAAUUCAAUGUUUUUUAUGUAUAAAAGUUAAAAAUUAUUUGUUACUGUA